UCUUCUCCUAAUUUUCCGGAGAUUUUUUAUUUCUUCAAAGGAUUUCCCGGUUUCCGGUUUCUGGUUUCUGGUUUUGCUCAGAAUGACUGAACUUCUGUCAUUGUAGCUGUUCUUUCUCAGGUGGUUUUUCUGCUCAGAAGUUUUUGCUUGUUGGUGUGAUUUUAUUGAUGGAGAGGGUGCUCGAUGCUUCUGUUGUUUCACUAUGCAUACAAGCUGGAAUUGGGCAUUGAUCCUUUCCUGUCUCUCCAGCGAAGAAUACGAAACAUGAAAUCAGGAACAGAGAAGGGUUGGCACUCUAUCAUGCCUCUCCACCUGAGGGGAAAAUCAGCCACCCGUUUUUGCAUGUUCUCCAAAGUCCGCUCAGCAGGCCUCACCCCCGGGAACACACCUGUUUAUCUUAAUGUGUAUGACUUGACGCCCAUGAAUGGGUAUGUCUAUUGGGCAGGCCUUGGGAUAUUUCACUCCGGUGUUGAAGUUCAUGGCGUGGAAUAUGCAUUUGGGGCACAUGAUUUUCCGACGAGUGGUGUUUUUGAGGUAGAGCCUCGGCAAUGUCCUGGCUUCAAGUUUAGGAAGUCGAUAUUCAUGGGCACAACAUGCUUAGACCCGAUCCAGGUGAGAGAGUUCAUGGAGCGCCACUCUGUGAACUACAACGGCGAUACCUAUCACUUGAUUGCAAAGAACUGCAACCAUUUCUGCAAGGAUAUCUGUUACAAGCUGACCGGGAACUCAAUCCCGAAAUGGGUUAAUCGACUGGCCAGAAUAGGGUCAGUCUGCAACUGCCUACUCCCCGAGGCACUUCAGGUUUCUGCAGUGCGGGAUGAACCUGACUACCCGCCCUAUGACAGCGAGAGGAGGAGGCUGAGGACUGCAUUCAGCUGCUUGUCUUCAAUCUCGAUGCGGCAGAGGCAUCUGUCAACAUCGUCUCUCUUCCUACACUCGCCGUUGAAAGGGUGCCUGACCCCAUGGGAAUUGAGAAGGUCCACCAACAGCUCAAUGAAGGAAAGAUAAGCGUUCUCCCUCUCAUUCAACACGUUACAUUGCUGGAAAUGGCAUAUGGUUUCGACCAUCUUUCUCAACCAAAAGCUGGCGGGGGAUUUGUUAGCUUCAACGUUAUUUGGUAACCAAAAGCUAUAUGUUUUAAGCUCUCUGUAGGAUGUAGAAGCAGCUUUUCUUCCAUUUUGAGCUUUGUGGGUGAUUCUCAUUUUUCCUUUGUGAUGCUGUAUUUUUCUGUUAGAUUUCUAAGUGUAUUCUUCUGUUAGAUUUCUAAAUGUAUUCUUCUGUUAGAUUUCUAAUAUACUGUUAUGUUAGCAGCAGAAGAACCAUGAUAGGUUGCAGUUGUGUUUGAGCUCUAACUGAUAUUAAUUGAAGCUUUCAUUUCUCGCAA